AUGGCGAUGAAUGGUGCGGGGAAUCUUCACAACCUCCGCGGUGGUACGAAGCACCCGUCUGAGUGUGGGAACUUCCUGCACGACGACGAUCGGAAUCGUCAUUCUGGCGAUGAUGGAAUUGCCCUGCCUCGCACUUUUGUGGGAGUGCUCACGCAAUUGCACGCGGCAUGGGCUAUCACCCUUUUCCGCGCUUUCAUGCGACCUGCAGGCGUUUUUGGCGGUGGCACCACCUCAUUUGAUUCGAGUGAGAGAAACCCAAAUUCUUGGACUCUAAGGGCAGACAUGGAGUUGAUAGCUAUUUUGUAUUCGGCAGUUUUUGGAGUAGCACUUCGAAAUCUUGUGCACGCGUGGGCAUGUCAUAAGAAGGGACCUGUCUAUGUUUCCAUGUUUAAGCCAGUUGGAAUAAUCAUUGCAGUUGUAAUGGGGGUUACUCUUCUUGGGGAUACUCUUUAUCUUGGAAGUAUUACUGGAGGUUCCAUAAUUGCUUUUGGAUUUUAUUCUGCGCUUUGGGGCCAAGCCCAAGAGGAAAAGAUGGUUGAUGACAAAGGAAUCAAUUGCUCGAAGUCAUCAUCUCCUAAUGCCCCUCUCCUGGAAAACAGAAGCAUGGAGAUAUAA